UCGCGCACCACGGACGCGCGCCGCGGGGGGAGAGGUGUGCGCGUGCUGCUCGAGAGGAGAAGCUGGAACUUAGUGAGUCGUGGACCAGGUGCGGACUCCGGGGGGGUCUCUCGUGAGUUGCCCGCGGCCCGUGGAGCUGCUGCGGCGCGUCGCUCGAGGCGGGAAGCGGGAAGCGGUGGUCGCGGAGCGGCGACGGAGCCGAAUGAGAGCGCUGUUUGGAGCCGCUAGUGGGGGCCCGGUCCUUGGCGAGUUUGGUGUCGGCAGGUGAGGGGCGGCCUGUGCUCCAGUCAUGACCUCUGGGAACGGGAACACUAACAGCAACAGCAGCCGACCCGAUGGAGAGAGCAAACCGGCCCAGGCCCCCGUGGAGUCGCACAUCCUCACCCAUCUGAUAGAAGGCUUUGUGAUCCAGGAGGGGGCGGAGCCUUUCCCCGUGGAACGUCCAUCUUUUUCCAUCGAGAGCCUCAGGAGACCCACUGCAGACUCCAAGAUGGAGGGCCUCCCAGCAAAGGAGCUAAAGGCCCAGAAGGAGCCCAUGCUGACCUGUGAGCUGUGUGGGAAGGUGGACUUUGCUUACGUCUUCAAAAGGUCCAAGAGGUUCUGUUCUACAGUGUGCGCCAAACGCUACAAUGUGGGCUGCACAAAGAGAAUGGGUCUCUUCCCAAACCGCCAGAGCACCUUGGAGAGCGUGAAGAAACACCCGGCGCUGAGUGGAAACAUCAGAACCAGCUGUUUGGAGUCUAAGAAGAAGAAGCCCGCCGCCGCUGCUCCGCCCGCCGGCCACUCGGCGUAUCCUGCACAGGGAGAGUCCAGCCAGUGUUCGGACUUGUCCGGCUACGAAAGACCCCCGUCCCCCCCGUCGACCUCUGGGCCCCGCGGCUUCCUGCCCGGUGACCCCGGCCAGUGGAACAUCCAGGACGUCUACGAGUUCAUCUCCUCUCUGCCAGGUUGCCUGGAGAUCGCCGAGGAGUUCCGCUGUCAGGAGAUCGACGGACAGGCCCUGCUGCUGCUCAACGAGGACCAUCUCAUGGGAGCCAUGAACAUCAAAUUGGGCCCUGCACUCAAGAUCUAUGCUCAGAUUAGCACGCUCAAGGACUCGUAGCACAUCUCCACACACACACACACACACCUAAUGUGCCCAGGAUCACACCUGCUGCGUGAGUUGAGUUGGACAAUAGCACUACUUUCGCUUCUGCCGUUACUAAGCAACCAAAACUUGGGCUGAAAUGCUGAUGAUGAUGAAUUGUCAUUUGACAAUUUCUCUGACCUCCUGUUGGGACUCCAACAAGGAGGGUGAAAUGGAUGAGAGCGGCACAGCUGGUGUUUUUCACCAGUGAAAUCAGCAAAGCAUGUUCCAACCAGCAGAGGCAGCACUGAGCCCCUGCUGCUGGGGGAGAGGAACCCUGUGCCCAGCUUCAUGUGUGCCAUUCCUAAGCUCUAUGGCUCACGAGUUACAGUUCACGUGUAGAUGUUUCUUUACUGCAGCGAGGGAUUCAAUUCCAAGUAUAUUAUGGAUAUAGUACAUAGAGGCAGUUGAAAUGAAUAAGAAGCAUCCGUAGCGAUGGCAUCACUGGAUGAAGUUUGUUAUUCACGUUACUUAGUCUGAAGUCUAGAAUGAGUGUUUAGACUGGAACCGACUCUUUCAUUGAUGGUGAUGAUUUGACAAACUCACUCAAUAAAAUGGUUUGUUUCCAGUGUGUGUGUCAGUGCCUGUAAGUGCCAACAUGGAUCCUUCUCAUGUCCAUUCCUGCAGCAGUGCUCUAUUGAAACAGAAAGUGACCACGUGAUUGUUGGUCAUUUAUUUACACCUUCACCAAAGUGCUCAACUACCCCCUCAAACGUCACUUUUCUAUUUACCCUUUUGGAUCGUCAGGAAUAAUGUGGUUCCCUCAGAAGGCCUCCCCUUCACACAGCAAACUGAAAUGACCCAUCAUAUCCAGUAGUAAUAGUGUCCUCCUGCAGUGGUGAUUGGGUCACAGCUUUGACCUGACAAACUAAACUACAUCCUUGGCCCAUACUAUGAGCUGCAUAAGAUCCUUCUGAAACUGAAUGUUCUUUUUUUGAUGAUCACAUCCGGUUUCCUUUAUACUCAUUCAGCCUUUUAGGGCACACAGUAAAACGAUGCAGUAAUAAACUGUCUUUGUCUUAAUGAGGAAACAAGCUAAUUCAAAGGUAUCCCAAUUUAAUGUAAAGAGAUGUUUAAGUAACAUAUUUUCAUAUGUUGGUUACCAAUUGAUCUGCCUCCCCCCAUAAUGCAUCUGUGUAGACGCUUCACCGCAUUUAUAAGAGUUUUGAACAGCAGUUGAAAGGAGGAAUCCUUUGAGAAGCCCUGAUGCAGGUCAACUCCACGCUUAUAAGCAUUUAAUAAAUGUCCUGUUCAUUGAUUUCACGGAGGGGGAAUCACAUGGAGCCAAAUCCAUCCAUCAUUUGAAAACCAAAUGUAAAGCUUAGUUUACAGUUUAAAAAAAAAUAAGUACUAAUUAUUUUGGGGUUUAAUAUAGUUUUGACUCAGUUCUAUAUAUCUAAUUUAUAUUUUCAGUUUUAAAUGUUUUUUCAUUCUUCACUUCAUUUAUUUUGAUAUUCACUGUGGUAAAGAUGGCAAGAUACAGAUCUGCACUUCAAUAGCUAAUCAACACAAAGGAUUCCUCCCUGUAACCAUUGUGAUGUCGACAACCAGCUACAACCCGAAUCAACCACCAUUUCACCAAUACGGGCCGGUUUCGAGAAGGACAAAUCACAUUUAUAUACAAUCACUACAGAAAGAAAGAUAUAGAACCGAGUCCAAACCAUAUUCAACCCAAAAAUGCUUUUCAUCCACUUAUUUUUAUUU